UCCCGCUCUUUUGGCCAGCCUCUCCGCACCCUCGGCUGGCUGCAGUGCCAGGUACGGGCAGCGCCGGCCGCGGGACGGGGAUCAGCGCUCCGGGCAGGAGGCUGAGCGGUGAUGAUGAUGGAGGCUGUGGAAGCAUUCUCAGGGAAGCUCCAGCUGCUGCCCUGGGGAGCUGGCGCCAUUGCUCUGCUUUUGACAAUUGUGACCGUGUGCUCCCUGCCCUCCCUGAUGGAGUACUGGAGGCGAUGGUGGAUGACGAACUCGAUUCCGGGUGUCAGCCCCUGCUAUCCCGUGCUGGGAAAUGCCCUGCUCUUAGAGCGGAACGGAGAAGAUUUUUUUAAACAGCUACAGUUUUAUGUCGAAGAAUUCAGAAGUUGGCCACUGUUCAAGCUUUGGAUAGGACCGGUGCCUGUCAUGGUUUUGUAUCACCCUGACAGUGUGGAGGUUAUUCUGAAUAGUUCAAAGCAUAUAGAAAAAUCAUACCUGUAUGAAUUCCUGCAUCCAUGGCUGGGCACUGGACUUCUGACAAGCACUGGAGACAAGUGGCGGUCACGGAGGAAGAUGAUAACUCCCACAUUCCACUUUGCAAUCUUGAAUGACUUUCUAGAGGUCAUGAAUGAACAAGGAAAUAUUUUGGUGAAGAAACUUGAGAAGCAUGUUGACAAGGAGCCAUUUGAUGUCUUUAUGGACAUUACUCUGUGUGCCCUUGAUAUCAUUUGUGAAACAGCAAUGGGCAGGAAUGUGGGUGCCCAGAAGAAUAAGGACUCUGACUAUGUUUCUGCUGUCUACAGGAUGAGUGAUCUAAUCCAGCGGCGACAGUUGAGCCCUUGGCUUUGGCCUGAUUUUUUGUAUAUAUUGUUCAAGGAAGGAAGAGAACACAAGAGGAACCUCAACAUCCUUCACAAUUUUACAGAUACAGUCAUUGCAGAAAAAGCUGAGGAACUUAAAAGCACCCAGCAAAAGAAACAGGAUAAUGAUGGCAACUGUGAAGAAAGUGGUUCCAAAAAGAGAAAAGCAUUCCUGGACAUGCUGCUGAACGCCACAGAUGAUGAAGGGAAAAAAUUGAGCCAUAGGGACAUUCGUGAGGAAGUGGAUACUUUUAUGUUUGAGGGCCAUGAUACAACAGCAGCUGCCAUAAACUGGGUCUUGUACUUGCUUGGACGUAAUCCAGAAGCUCAGAAGAAGGUUCAUAGGGAAUUGGAUGAGGUGUUUGACAAUACUGAACGUUCUGUUACAACGGACGAUUUGAAGAAUCUUCGAUACCUUGAAUGUGUUGUGAAAGAAGCUCUUCGUCUCUACCCUUCAGUUCCCAUGUUUGCUCGUACCUUGAGAGAGGAUUGCUGUAUCAAGGGAUAUCAGAUACCAAGAGGUACAAAUGUACUUGUUUUACCUUACGCCCUGCAUAGAGACCCUGAAGUCUUCCCUGACCCAGAGGAGUUCAGGCCUGAGCGAUUCUUCCCUGAAAAUUGUAAGGGAAGGCACCCAUAUGCUUAUGUGCCCUUCUCAGCUGGUCCCAGGAACUGCAUUGGUCAGCGCUUUGCACAAAUGGAGGAGAAAACUCUUCUAGCCCUCAUCCUGCGGCAUUUUUGGGUGGAAUCAUGUCAAAAGCCAGAAGAGCUUGGUUUAUCUGGAGAAUUGAUUCUUCGUCCAAAUAAAGGCAUCUGGAUUAAACUGAAGAGGAGACCAAAUGCUGGAUCAGAAUGAAAGGAAUUUCAAGAGUUUACUUCCAGAAGUUUUUAAUCUAUUUGGACUGAGACAUAUUUCGAAAACAAAUAUUUUGAUGUCAGUCCAGCAAUUUGUUAAAACUAGUCGUUACUGUUUUAUUAAAAAAAAGAUGCAGUAAUAGCCCUAGUUGCUCUACUUUUAUAGUGCUUGUGAAAUUCAUGUUAAUCUUUGAAAUGCAAGUCUUUAAACCUUAAAUUUUAGUGCCUUAUCUGCUCAGAUGAAGCUAUUCUAUUGCCACAAUGCCACAAAAACUUUAGCUGUGAUAAUAACAACAGCAAUGCCUGUGAUGAAGCGAUCAGCUUAUAUGCCAUAGCAUUUUCCAAGUAACUGGAAGUCUCAAGUAUUUGUAAGGGUUUCAGGUUUCUUUGGUUCUGAAAAAUACAAGUGAUAAUCCUUCUUGGCACAAUUUUCUUUUUUUUUUUUGGUGAUGACUACCUUUGUAAAGACCAAGCAAAAAUCUCUGAUAAUUUCACUCCUCCUUGGUAAGCAUUUACAGCAGUUUGUAGGAAGGGAAUGCUCUGAAUUAUUUUUUAGCAAACUGUACCAAAAGCAUUAACCUGUAUAACCAUAUCAGGAGCUAGACAGUAUGCAAAUUACGCACAGGAUUUGAUAAUGUCAGAAGCAAUGUAUUAUUAUAAACUUUGAGAAUAAACUUCUAUUAUGCCUCA